UAGGGAGAUGACACCAGAGGCUGAACUCUGGAUCUGACAAGAUGGCUGGGCUACCCUUCAGGAUUAUCAAGGAAACCCAGCGUUUGCUGGCAGAACCAGUUCCCAGCAUUAAAGCAGAACCAGAUGAGAGCAACACCCGUUAUUUUCAUGUGGUCAUUGAUGAGCCUCAGGAUUCCCCUUUUGAGGAAGGGACUUUUAAACUUGAACUAUUCCUUCCAGAAGAAUACCCAAUGGCAGCCUCUAAAGUACGUUUCAUGACCAAAAUUUAUCAUCCUAAUGUAGACAAUUUGGGAAGAAUAUGUUUAGAUAUUUUGAAAGAUAAGCGGUCCCCAGCACUGUAGAUCCGCACGAUCCAGGCUUUGUUAAGUGCUCCCAAUCCAGAUGAUCCCUUAGCAAAUGAUGUAGCGAAGCAGUGGAAGACCAAUGAAGCCCAAGCCAUAGAAACAGCUAGAGCAUGGACUAGGCUAUAUGCCAUGAAUAAUAUUUAAAUCAAUCCGAUCGUCAAAUGUGCAUCACUUCUCCAGUUCCGCCAAGACUUCUUCCUUUUUUGUUUGCAUUUAAUGGACACAGUUUUAGAAACAUUACAGAAUAAAAGCCCAGACAUCUUCAGUCCUUCGAUGAUUAAAUGCCCAUUAGCAAAUACGUCUUGUCCUGAUUCACUGUUGUAAAGCAUGAGCAGAGGCUAGAAGUAUCAUCUGGAUUGUUGCGAAACAUUUAAAAGCAAUGGGUCCUUUCUGCUUUUACUCAUUUCCCCCAUCAUGGUUUAAGUAGAAAGCACUGUGAAUGAAGGUAGUUGUCAGGGUUAGCUGCAGGGGGGGUAGGUGUUUUUCUUUAUUUUCUUUCUUUAUUUUUCUUGGUGAGGGGGAAGUUAGUUUUAUUUUAAUUUUAUGGGCUCCUUUCCCCCUUUUUUUGAUGAUCUAAUUGCAGUGAUUAAAAGCAGCUAGCCAGUUCUUUAGAAUAUGCUCUCUAGCCAAGUCUAACUUUAUUUAGAUGUUGUAGAUGGACAAGCUUGAUUGUUUGAACCAAAAUGGGAACAUUAAACAAACAUCACAACCCUCACUAAUAACAUUGUGACUUUGCCGUCAAGUGUAGAAUCCUCCCUUCAAGAAAAAGCUUAUAACCAUUUUGUAUGGCUUGUCUGGAAACUUCUGUAAAUCUUAU